GGCUGCUCUUACUCUUACACCAGAAGCCGUGAAACGUGUCCGACAUCUUCUUGACAAAGAAAAGGAAGCGAAAGCUCUCAGGAUUGGUGUCCGGCAACGAGGUUGUAACGGUCUCACCUAUACCUUAGAUUACGCAAAAGAAAAGGCAAAAUUUGACGAAGAAGUCGAGCAGGUAGGAUA